AUGAAAACGGAGCAGGCAGCUGAGAGCCUCAACAGCCGCGAUUUCGCUGAAGUCUCGUGGGUUUCAGUCCUCACCCCGGGCCCUGGCUGCCGGGUCGGCGUUGCCCACCCCGGGGCAGCGGGAGCGAGGUGGGGGCCGGCGAAGCACCGGGAUGCUGCCAGGCAGGGCAGUCGCGAUGCCGGUGCAGGGGGUCCCCGGGAGCAGCCCGGCGUGCCGGAGGGGAGUGCAGGUCUCCCGGUCCUGCGGACUGGUGUGCCUCCGGGCAAGGCAAACGUGUUUGCAGAGCUAGAGAGGGCAGUGAGCAGGAAAGAGCAUCCACCGUGCGCCUCUGCCUUUACCCAGCCCCUCGCUCCCAGGCGGCACACGGAGGGAGCCCCACGGUGCGGCGGAGGCGCCGAGGGGGCUGUGGGGACAGCAGGCGUCAUUUCACUUACCUCCCUGGCUGUACUUUCUUAUGAACGUUACUGCACCAUGACAGGAACAACAGAGGUUGAUACCACAAACUACAGGAAAACGUGGACAGGCAUCGUCCUGUCAUGGACAUACUCCUUGGUCUGGACUGCCCCCCCGCUUUUUGGCUGGAGCAGCUAUGGGCCAGAAGAACCAGGGACAACCUGCUCCGUGAACUGGCAUUCAAAGGAUGCUAACAAUGUGUCCUAUAUCAUAUAUCUUUUCAUCUUUUGCCUUGUAAUCCCUUUUGUCGUUAUUGUUUAUUCAUACGGGAAGCUGCUGUGUGCUAUAAGCCAGGUGAGUGGCAUCAACAAAGGAACAGGCCGGACCCGGGAGCAGCGCAUCCUGCUAAUGGUGGCGGUGAUGGUAAUUUGCUUUCUCCUCUGCUGGCUGCCAUAUGCAACUGUGGCACUUAUAGCUACAUUUGGGAAACCUGGUCUUAUCACCCCCACUGCCAGCAUCAUCCCAUCGAUCCUUGCCAAAAGCAGCACAGUUUACAACCCCAUCAUCUAUGUAUUUCUGAACAAACAG